AUGCCUCUUCCAUAUAACCGCCGUCAGGAUCAUCAGCUAUGGUCUUCCCCCGGGGAGGCAGAUCUCAUGAGUCCAGCUGCAGAUGAGCAGGUGAUCUGGCGCAUUGUGCAUGCGGUAGACUCCAUGUUGGAUCGCUGCGAAGAGACCAUGCAGCAUACUAGUCGACCUAUCCUGUGCUGGCUGCGCACCUUUCAACCGAGCCCCUGUUAUCUCAAGCCCUUUGUCUUUCUAGCUCGGUCCACGAGCACAUCGCGGUAUCGGCGGAUCUGGAAACGGUUCAUGGUCUUUCUCUUCCGCUGCUUUCGGCUAGGUGCGGAGGACCAGCCAGAUGACACUGAGAGCGAUAGUGAAGAUGCGACUACGGACGACCUCGACGACAAAGCUCGCAAUGGAGCGGGAGCAGCAGAGUCGACCGACCAUUUAAGUACUGAUUUACUGCCUCCUCCCAGCUUAGAAAAGCUCUUCCAGUUGAAUAUCAUAUUUCUUAUAGAAGAGUUCACGGAUGGGCAGCCGUCAUCCAGCCUACUUGUGUACUUUAGCGGAAUCUUGGGAUUCUCACCCGAUGCCCAGUCCUUCCAGCCUGCAAAGUCCUUCACCCCUCAUCUAUCCACACUCAUCUAUAUCCAACGGCUGUUGUUCUUAGAGUAUGCGCUACCAUACCGCGACUACCCAACGAUUGGGUGGAAUCGUCGACCCCGUCGUCACCACCUCAACCGCCUUAACCCGAUUCGCCGUCGAUACAUGAUUGCUGGGGCUUUGACACCCCUCGUAGAGUUCCAGAGCCUGCAAGAUUAUGGGCGCACAAUCGCCCGGACUGAUCCACCCUCUUUUUUAUUAUAG